GUUCAAGGAAAAAUGGCGUCGUGUCGGGUGUUCGAGAAGGUCACAGUGUAUAUUUGGCACGAGGAUGGUAACCGAACAAAUAAAUAUGCAGAGCCAGUUACUUUAAAACUUGAACAUGAUCCUCAUGGAUUAGCCUGCAAAAUUAAACGAGGUGACGUUUGUGUUUUGGACAUUCCUGUUGACACGAAGACAGAAUGCUGUCGGUUGGGGACAAAAUCCUAUUUAUUUGCAUCUCCCCACGAGGACCUACUUUUUACCUUUGCAACAGAAUCAGACUCUAGAAAGUUUCACAAUGUUAUAUUCAAGGUUCGUCAAGGAAAAGAGGUAUCUGUAUUCAAUGAAAGAACAGAUGACUCCAGUGCAACACAGUACUUUCAGUUUUACAGUUACCUUUCCCAGCAACAGAAUAUGAUGCAGGAUUACAUCCGAACUGGAACGUAUCAACGUGCAAUUCUCUCCAAUAUGAGUGACUUCAGGGACAAAAUUGUUUUGGAUGUUGGGGCCGGUUCUGGAAUUCUUUCUUUCUUUGCUGCUCAAGCCGGGGCUCGUAAAGUGUACGCAGUUGAGGCAUCGUCCAUGGCACAGCAUUGCGAGAUGUUAGUGAGAUCGAACAAUCUUCAAGACACCAUCAAAGUAAUAGCUGGCAAGAUAGAGGAAAUUGACUUGCCAGAUAUGGUAGAUAUGAUAAUAUCUGAACCAAUGGGUUACAUGUUGUAUAAUGAGCGUAUGCUUGAGACAUAUCUACAUGCCAAAAAAUGGCUUAAACCAACCGGUCGAAUGUUUCCUUCCCGAGGUGACCUUCACGUGGCUCCAUUUAACGACGAAUCACUUUAUUACGAGCAGCUCAACAAGGCAAAUUUCUGGUACCAGAAUUGUUUCCAUGGAGUAGACUUGUGUCAACUUCGGGAGCAAGCCCUUAACGAGUAUCUGCGACAGCCAAUUGUGGAUACUUUCGACAUUGGUAUCUGCUUAGCUAAAUCAAUUCGAUAUUCUCUGGACUUCUUGGUUGCGCAGGAAAAAGAUUUACAUCAUCUAGUUAUCCCGCUGGAGUUCCACAUCUUAAAAUCGUGUACUAUGCAUGGCCUGGCUUUCUGGUUUGAUGUAGCCUUCCUUGGCUCAACGCAGACAGUCUGGCUUUCAACUGCACCCACAGAACCUCUCACUCACUGGUAUCAGGUGCGCUGCCUUCUAGAAAAGCCAAUAUUUGUUAAAGAGGGUCAGCUUGUUACCGGUACUGUGGAGCUUGUUGCCAACAGAAGACAAUCAUACAAUGUAAAUUUGGAGGUACGGAUAGAGGGCACAUCAACUGUAUCCAUUAACUCGCUAGACCUGAAGAAUCCAUAUUUCCGUUAUACAGGAGUUGCUCCUCAGCCACCUCCAGGCAACAAUUCAGUUUCUCCAUCGGAAUCCUAUUGGGGCACAGUUGAUGCUCAAGGUGCCAAACAAGCAGUUAACAUGGUGAAUGGUAUAACAGUGAAUGGUCUUGGAGAAGUAGCACUGGACCAAGGAACCUCUCUCAUCACCCUUGGGACACACCUCCAUUGUCAAGCUCCUGAGAAUUUCUUGGCCUACCAGGAACCACGACCAGAAUCUGGCUCCCUCAGAGAGGCGAGGGGAGGACGUGGGGAACAAAGGUCGACCUCACAACUAAAGAGAGCCACUCGGAAAGUCAAAGGCUUAACAGAACAAACCACUGCUCUAUGAAAAAGGAAUGACAUGAGGAAAGCAAGGCAGCUGAUAUUUGGCAACAGGUAAACCAGUCUUGUACCAGCUACCUUGGGUGUGUGUAGGU